AUGGAGACAUCACUCACAAGACCCAAGUAUGUGACGGUAGAGGCGACUGUGGAGACAAUUCAGACGAACAACACUGCUGACCAAGAAUGUGACGGCAAGGACCUUGGUAACGGUACUGACGACUGCGGAGACAAUUCAGACGAACAACUCUGCUCUCCUUCUGCCUGUGACAAUGGCGGCCUGUUUCACCCGUUCUUUCGGUGUGACCGCAGAGAUGACUGUGGAGACAACAGUGAUGAGAAGAACUGUGACUGUUACUACCUACGGGACAAUGGGGCAAGCUACAGGGGCAGUGAAAACCAACAACACUCCUGUCAGUUCUGGACAUCUCAGUACCCCCACGCCCAUAACCACACUCCCGAGGCCUACCCGUCAGCAGGGCUGGAGCAGAACUACUGUAGGAACCCGGACGGGAAGGACAGACCGUGGUGCUACACCAACAACCCGCUCGUCAGGUGGAGCUACUGCGACGAUGUCUUCGUGUGUGAUGCCGCACCAACAAGCUGCUUCUUCACUUACGACAAGGGAAGGAGCUACGCAGGAAACAUAAACAGGGCAGGGGACCGGGUGUGUCAGAGAUGGGACUCCCAGUCCCCCCACCCCCAUCCCCACACACCACAGGCUCAUCCUGAUGCGGGGCUGGAGGAAAACUUCUGCCGUAACCCUGACAACAAGGAGCGGCCCUGGUGCUACACCACGGACGAGUCGCUGACGUGGGACUACUGUAACGUGGCGGAAUGUGAUGGGAAGAUGCGAGAAGUGUGUAAUUUUACCGAAGCAGUUCGAACACCAUCUGAUCGUGACCAGGAGAAGUGGAAAUGCCUGUCGGGGUAUAACAAUGCCAGAUCUUAUUGGCUGGUGGCUGACUGCCCUGACGACUGGACAGACGACGUCACAACAGACCAGUGUUUAAAAGAAGCUGACCCUUACAACCCGGACUCGUGCCGACCAUUCUCGUCCGUAAGUCACGGUUCAUCCAACCAAAGUCUCCCUCUUCAGAACUGCAGCAAACCCAUUCUGAAUUUCACGUCCGAGGAGUUCCAAAUCCUCCCCAACGGCAGCGUCCACCUGUUGAGUUCUAACAUGACAUGCCCAGCUGAGCAGGUGGCCAUUCUGAACACAUCAGCUUCAAUCUGUGGGGACUGCCUACUGGAGUAUUUUUCGAACGACACUCUCCAAACAGCCUGGGAUGCUACCAAGAGUUGGCUAACCCUGGGUCUUGUGUCAGUGUCUGACAUAGCCGUGGCUGGUUUCGUGUUCUACACUUACAAGUCGGGCCAGUGGAAGAAAGUCCCGGAAAAGCUGAAGGUGCAGGUGAUGACAUGCAUGGCAGUUGCCGUUACCCAGUUUGUGGCACGUGCGUUUAUCCCCCCUGGGCCCGUCUGUACAGUGUAUGCAAUACUGCUGCACUACUUUAUGCUGACGGCCUUCACAUCCAUGAACGUACUAGCUGUAGAUCUCUUCCUUACAUUUCGUGAGGAUUCAGAAAGAGCCGAACUGUACAAGUACAUCUUGUACACCUGGCUGGUGCCGGUACCUAUAGUCCUUGCCACAGUGAUUGUGGAGUUCGGCAGUUCUGUCAGGGUGGGUUAUGGAGAGCACUGUUGGAUCGGUAAUCCAACAGCUAGCCUGGUGGCUUUUGGUGUUCCUGUCUUCUGUGCCCUUUUGAUCAAUGGUGUCUUCACCAUUCUUGUGUUGCAGGCCUUACAGAAAUCGUUUCAGAUAGCUAACGCUGCUUUGCCACGCUCGGAGAUCAGCAAGAUCUGGGUCUACAUUCGUGUCUCGUUUCUGGCUGGGUUCACCUGGAUUUUGGGCUUCAUUUUUCCUUUCGUCAAGAGCGAAGUUCUCGAGUACAUCUUUAUUGUGCUGAACGCUUCCCAAGGCCUUCUGAUGACCAUGUUUAUGACACUGACGGGGGAGGUGUUGGAGAAAUGGAAGUCUGCAAUCAUGGAACGCUUUGGUCUGGCUGAAGCUCAUCAGGACAAUGGACAAACCACCACCACUCAUAUCCGGCAGACAACCGGAAGGACGACUGAGGCAACGGCAGGUGGAACCGGCUCUGCUGUAGAGAUACCCAUGACUAUUAUGACCGAUGUAGAGGAGGACAGGGCACGCCAUCGUCCGCGUAAGCCUCGUCAGAACAAAGGACGAAACGCACUUCCCAGCAACAAGCCCUCCACCGCAGGGGGAACUGAGGCGAAGUUGGAUGAGACUGACACUGCAGGCAAUGUGCAGACCCUCGCAGGUGAAGUUGGGACUACAGCAAGCGGCACUGACGUUGCCACUGAGAUUAUACCCAUGAAAACAUUCGUCAAUGCUGAAGGAGAUGAGGAUGAAAACAGUGCUCAAGAUCGAGAUGAGGAUGAGACCAGUUUCUAA